AUGCCCUGUUCCAGCCCGCUGGUGUUUGACGCCGCUGUUCUGCAGCACCGGUGCGAGAUCCCGCCGCAGUACGUGUGGCCCGACGAGGAGAAGCCAGGGCCGGACGCCGCCUCCGAGGUUCUCGCGCUCCCCGUCAUCGACCUGGGAGAGUUCAUGGAGGAGAGGAGAGGGAGGGGGGACCCGUCGGCGGGCCCGGCCAUGAAAGUCGCAAGCUUGGUGAGGGAGGCCUGCGAGAGGCACGGGUUCUUCCAGGUCGUGAACCAUGGUGUCGACCCGGGGCUCCUGGCGGAUGCCCACCGCCGCGUGAUGGGCUUCUUCCAGAUGCCCCUCGAGGAGAAGCAGCGGGCGCAGAGGAAGCGCGGGGAGAGCUGCGGCUACGCCAGCAGCUUCACCGGCCGCUUCACGUCCAAGCUCCCGUGGAAGGAGACCCUCUCCUUCCGGUAUUCUCCUUCUUCCCCUUCUUCCGACAGCGACGGCGGCAAUGUGCUCGCCUACUUCCUCGAGACGCUGGGUCCGGCCUUCCUGCGCGACGGGUUAGUGGACAAUGAAGGACAGGGCCGUUCUUGGCCCUGAGGGGGAUGAGGGAGGAGGAGGGCAUCCAUCUGCGCACUCAGUCUCUCACUAAUUCACUGCUCUCCAUUUCUCGGCAGGGAGCUGUACCAGGAGUACUGCGAGGCGAUGGGGGAGCUCUCGCUGGCGAUAAUGGAGCUGCUGGCAGUGAGCCUGGGCCUGGAGAAGGCCGCCUUCCGGGACCUGUUCGAGGAGCACGACUCCAUCAUGCGGCUGAAUUACUACCCCCCCUGCCAGAACCCCCAUCUCACGCUCGGAACAGGCCCCCACUGCGACCCCACCUCCCUCACCAUCCUCCACCAGGACGACGUCAACGGCCUUCAGGUCUUCUCCGAGGGCCGCUGGCGCUCCGUCCGCCCCAAUCCCCGCGCCUUCGUCAUCAACAUCGGCGAUACCUUCACAGUAACCUCCCUCCCUGCUCUUCCUCUUCCCCUGUUGUUCUCCCCCCAUUCCGCAUGGCGAGCUAAUUCUCCUGGUUUGCGCUUGGCAGGCGCUGUCGAACGGGAGGUACAAGAGCUGCCUGCACAGGGCGGUGGUGAACAGCAACACGCCGCGCAAGUCCUUGGCCUUCUUCCUCUCACCGGGGAUGAACAAGGUGGUGCGGCCGCCGCCGGAGCUCGUGGACGGUGAGCAUCCCAGAAGGUACCCGGACUUCACAUGGUCGACGCUGCUGGAGUUCACGCAGAGGUGCUACCGCGCGGAUAUGAACACCCUCGACGUCUUCACCAAGUGGCUCCUCACUGGGCCGCCGCCGCCGCCGCCACCGCCGUCAGAGAGCGCGAGCGCCGGCUGA